AAGUCUCACGAAUUCAGGGGAGCUCGUCGUGCGUUACUGCUCUCUUUGACGCUGAACAUCGUCGUAUCCUUCAGUGGAAUUCUGGCUGUUUCGUUCUUUGGAACGUUUUUGCUUCAAUCGAUCGGCUUCAGUGAACAUGCUGCCUCACUGGCCAAUUGCAUAUCGGGACUAUCCGGUACACUGGGUGCAAUUCUGAGCACAAUCGCAGUUGAUCGACUGGGUCGUCGCGUGAUGGUGCUCGGCUCGUUACUCUUUCUUUGCUGCCAUAAACACCUCAAUGAUGUUACUAGCGUAUUAUUUCAACACCACGAAACAAUCAUGGGUUGGCUGGGGAUUUCUUCUGCUGUUCGUCGUGUUUCUAUUUGUCUUCAGUGCCGGUAUUGGACCAACGGCUUGGUUUCUGGGCGCCGAACUGGCUCCAGCAGGAAGCCGUGCAAGAAUGCAAUCCAUGAGCGUCGCUGCACAGUCAGUUACAGAAUGAACUUUGUUAUU